AACCGUCAUUUUACAUUCUACUUUUUUUUUUUGGAUAGAGGAACUCAAAGCUCUUUUUAACUUCACUAAGACAAAUUGUUUCGUACGUGACGAAUUGUUUAUCGUUGAGGCUAACAUUUUUGUUAAGAUGAUUGACACCGCUUUACAAGAACAUUUUAAUUCCCCAUUAUUUCCAAAGAACUUGGGAAUUCGUAACAUCCUGUAUGCAGAACUAAUGGAACAGAAUAAAAGAGAGAUAGUUAUAGCAAAGAACCUUCACCAAGUUGUGUAAAGAAUCCAUCAAAAUCAAUUUGUUUCAAAAUGCUUUUCUUUCCUUACGAAAGUUUCUUAAUUCAAGUCAUUGUAAUCGCGUGAUUUAGCAGUCAUCAAAUCAACAACAUAAUUGAAUUAUACGCAAACAGCAAAGGAUGCACCUUUGCAAAUACUUUUAUAUCUCUAACUGAUUUUUUAAAUUGAGUGAAAAACACAAAAAAAGGGCAAGGUUCAAGCGUAGAUAUUCAAAUAUAGCUAAUGACUGUUUUUACAGCAAGCAGAUGUAAAAAAAUUGGUUCCUAUUAAAUAGGCGUCGGCAAUCACUGAUUUCAUUACAAUCACGAAGAUCAUCAUGAAGGUUAUCGUGAUUUUUAAUUUCUUGUGGUUUGCCUCAGUUCUGGCCUCCUCCCCAGAAGAAAAUUUGCACGUCAAAGAUGGCGGACUGUUUGAAGGCGAUAUGAGGUUUUUACCAGGCCAGGCCAGAGGUUCAGUGCCGGGCAGAUUGUGGCCGAAUGGUGUCUUUGUGUUUGAAAUCGAAUCUUCUUUAAAUGCUGGUCUUACGUGGGACGCAUUGGGCGUAAGCAGCAAUUGUCCUUGGCCGCUGGAUGCUGGAGAAAAGGAACUGUAAUCCACGAAAUUGGUCACGCUCUUGGCUUUCUUCACGAGCAGUCUCGUCCAGACCGCGAUAAUUAUGUCGAAAUCAAGUUUGAAAAUAUCCAAUCAGGCAAAGAAGGCAAUUUCCGAAAAUCUAGCAGUGUAAACUCGUUGGGAACACCUUAUGACUAUGGAUCUAUCAUGCAUUAUGGUGCGAGGUACUUCUCUAAGAAUGGAAAGCCAACAAUUGUCCCAAAGAAAGCAGGGGUUAGUAUUGGUAACCGAGCAGGUCUUAGUCCUAUUGAUAUUAGGCAGAUGAUGUUGCUUUAUAAGUGCGGUGCUGCUCCGCCGUCGACACAGCCACCCCCACCGACUACUCCUCCCUCUGCAUAUCUCUGCAACGAAAAAGGUAUGUGA